AUGAGGUUCUCACAUAUUUUGCCACUUGCGGCAUUGAGCACCGCCUUCGUGCUACCUUCCGAGGAGGUACUCGCCGAGAUCUCCAUCGAGAAAAACCACCGCCAGAGCGGGUGGCAACAGGAGGUUGCGGAGACCAAGAAGCAGAUCGUCGACAGCUUCGACGAGGUUGCGGAGGAGGCCAAGAACGCAUGGAACAAGGUCACCUCGACCUCCAAGAGCGUUCUUGACGAGGCAUUCGAGCAGGGUACAAAGGCUUUAUACGCCGCUGAGAACAGCUUCGAGGAUGCUUCGGCUCAGAUCGACGCAUGGCUUCGUACUGAGGGCGACGACUUCUACGACUCAUUCGAUGAUGAAAAGCCACCACCACACGGCCCUCACCCUGGCCCACCACCACCUCCACCACCUCCACCACACCCACCACAUGAUGGUCCUCCCGACCACGAAAAGCCACCACAUCACGGCCCGCCAGACCAUGAUCACCCACCCCAUCACGGCCCUCCGCAUCGCCGCGGCCCACCAAACGAGACUGUCUACGAGCUGAUCAGCUCAAGCAAGUACACAACCAAGCUGGCCAAGCUGAUCAACAAAUACGAUGACUUGGUCGAGACCUUGAACAGCACAAAAGCCAACUACACCAUCUUUGCUCCCACCGACAAGGCCUUCGAGAAGAUCCCUGACCACGCUCCCGAGCCCAGCAAGGAACAGCUCAAGGCUAUCCUCUCCUACCACGUAGUUGACGGUCUCUACCCCGCCGCACGUGUCCUCGUAACACACACCGCCCCAACUCUCCUGGAAGGCAAGCACCUCUCCAAGGAGAAGAAGCCGCAGCGCGUGGCCUUCAAGAUAACCCUCCGCGGCCUAACCGUCAACUUCUACUCCCGCAUCAUCGCCGUCAACAUCUUCGGCACCAACGGCGUGAUCCAUGGCGUCGACAGCCUCAUCAUCCCCCCACCAAACGUCAUCAAGAUCGUCGACCUUCUGCCCACCGAAUUUAGCACACUCGAGCUCGGCCUCGGCAAGACCGGCCUCCUCGAGAAGCUGAACACCACGCACCAUGCAGGCGGCACACUCUUCGCCCCCUCGAACUUUGCGUUCCAGAAGCUCGGGCCGAAGAUCAACGCUUUCCUCUUCUCGUCUUACGGACAGAAGUACCUGAAGGCGUUGCUGGAGUACCAUGUCGUUCCCGACCAUACUCUGUACAGCGAUGCUUACUACCACGAUCACUCGGAGAAGAGCGACAAUGAUAUCCCCAAGGGCCUAUAUCAUGUUGAUCUGCCUACUCUGCUCGAGGACAAGAAGUUGGCUGUGGAUGUUGCCCGAUAUGGUGGCUUCAUCACUAUCAAGAUCAACGCCUUCUCGCGCGUUUCCGUCCAGGAUGGUAUCGCGGAGGAUGGUGUGAUACAGGUGGUCAGUGAUGUCAUCAUCCCGCCUAAGAAGCUUGAGGGCGCGAAGGUUGAGUAUUGGACUGGUGAGGAUCUGACCAUUGAGGGGUUGAAGGAGAGGUUGGAGCCAUAUGUGGCUAAGGGUGAUUUGUAG